CCAACAAGUGAACAGUUCGCCCAUACAACGCGCACCCGUUCUUCGGAAAAUUAUGCUCGAUCUAAGAUAAAUUGCUCCGCCAAUGAGCCAUAUAUUAGCCUCGAUACACCCGGAGCCGGAGCCGGAGAAUCCAUAUUUGCGUAGCUCUCGCUCACGCGUCGCGUCCACGGACCGCUCAGCCGACAGCCAACUCCAGGUCCAACGGCACUAUAUCCUCACUAUACUUUAUCUAUCGCCCCUUCUGUGCGGCAGCUUUCGCUGAGACGCACAAGCUUUCCGGCGCCUGGAGCCGCGCAGACGGAUUGAUUGCAGCGGGCUCGCCUGCUGUCCGAGCGAUGGCACGACCGCGCGAGCGACGCAAAAGAGAGCGGUUAUGUAUGUAUGUAUCUGGGGCGGCACCUCCGAAGUAGAAUUUCUUUGGCUUUGUAUUUGGGGGCGUGAUACUGUGACGUCGAGACCGCAUCGCGCAAAGCUAGGACAGGACGUCAUUCGAAAUGGGAGCGACGCUAUCGAAGCUGUGGGGCUCGUUCAAGGCUGCCUUUUUUGGAGGCGGAGGAAGGAGCCACAAUAACACCGCGAACGGGCAGCCUAAGGACACGGAGAACGGUCUCCCGACGUCGAAUACGCCUGCGAAACCGCCGACGCCGCUGCCAGACAUGGGAGGCGUGAAGAAGUACGAGAUCACUGAGCCAUGGAUCAAGCUCAAUUGCUCCCUCGGCGAAGCGCCCUUCUGGGAAGAGAAGACCAACUCGCUCCGCUUCCUCGACGUCGAGAAAUGCCGCCUGCACCACGUCGACCUGAACGCCGGUCCGUCGAGCCAUAAGGUGAUAAAGGAGUGGGACAUCUCGAUAGGAUGCACCGCAGACAUCGAAGGCAACGACUCCGAGUUCAUCUUCGGCGGCAAAUACGGCUACGGCAUCUGCAACCGCGCCACCGGCGAGUACCGCUGGAUCAAGAAAGUCUGGUCCGAGGAGGAGGUAGCGGCGGGAAAACCGGACCUCAUGCGCGGCAACGACGGCGCCGUCGACUCGCAGGGCCGCUUCUGGGUCGGCUUCAUGUUCGACCCGCUGAAGUGCGACAUGAACUCCGAGGGCGCCGUCUUCCGCCUCAACCCCGAUCUCUCGCUCGACCGCCCCCUGUCCAAUAUCACCAUCCCCAACGGCACGACCUGGAACAAGGAUGAUAAUACCAUGUUCUUCGCCGACAGCCCGUUCAAGACUAUCUAUCAGUUUGACUACGAUCCGCAGACGGGCGAUGUCACGAAUAAGCGCCCGUUCUUCGUCAUGCCGGAGGACAAUCGGUAUGGUGAGGGCGCCGUGCCGGAUGGACACUGCAUCGAUGAGGAGGGAUACAUGUGGACGGCGCUGCAUGGUGGCGGCCAUGUGCUGCGGAUUUCGCCGCAGGGAGAGAUCGUGGCUGAGAUUAAGGUGCCGACACAGCAGCCUACGUGCCCCUGCUUCUGCGGCGAUGAUCUCGUCAUUACAAGCGCCGGGGGGACGAGUGGUCCGGAUGGAAAGGGCGUGGAUGAGUUUGCAGGAAGCGUGUUCAAGAUCAACGUCGGUGUGAGGGGGCUGAAGAGGUUCAGAUUCAAGGGCGGAGCGGCCAUUGAGGGAGGAAAGGUGGAUGGGCAGAUUGUCGGCGAAUGAUCGCUCGGCUUUCGGUGUAGGGUGACGAGGAGGUGCGCACUGGGAUGACGGGCUGUAAUGCGUGGCGGUGGAGAGAGUAAGCUAAACCCAUACUUAAAUUGCGAUAUCCUCCUCUUUUCUGCCACAAUGACUUGCAUCCCAGGCACCUCUAUCCCGCAUACUUUCCAGACUUGCACGUCGCCUGUGUCAACACAGGCGAGGUACAAUCUCUUAACACCCCACUAGACCCCGAAGACUUCGUUUCAAGACGGGCA